CCAUCGCCCAUCUCUUACCAUCAACCCAUCAAGCAUACAACCGACGCGAAGAAAUUCACCGCGAUCCACAUUGCGCUACAUCAUAUUCCCGUUACACUUACCAUAUAGAUGGUACAAAAGUGACCAAAUCGAGUCGAUUUCAACACACCAUUUGCCCAACGAUGACUAAACACUUGAGCGAUUGGAAGAAAUUCCGUUAACGUGAAAUUCAGUCACACGAAGACAUGAGAGGAAAAUUAGGACUGAUUAGUUCGAUGGUACAAGUUCAAGGGAAGCACUGUGAGAUGAUGGUACAGACAAGUGCGUGCAUUUGUAUCAUGGGUGGUUGAAGAAUUUUCAGUGGAGUGAAAAGAGAAAAAAAGGGAAUUUAUAAAGGAGUGGAAUUAUGAGCACCAUUACGGCCCCUUUAUUGGGCCUGGGAGCCACGGCAGCUUCCAAUUUAGCCGUUUUUAUCCCAGCUUUAGCAGCAGCUAUCGCCUAUUUCCAGUACGACCUGCUUGACCCCGAGUCAAGACCUAUCGAUGUUUCGACUGACGAAUUAUUGGAACGGUACGACUUUAUAGUGGUUGGGGCGGGAUCAGCAGGGGCGGUUGUGGCAAACCGACUUAGUGAGAUAGAACAAUGGAAUGUGCUCCUGCUGGAAGCAGGAGGCGACGAGAUGGAAAUUUCGGACGUCCCGCUCAUGGCCGCCUACCUCCAGCUAUCGCAAAUCGACUGGAAGUACAAAAGCGAGCCCCAAGGCCAAGCCUGUCUCGCCAUGAAAAACGGCCGUUGUAACUGGCCCCGGGGCAAAGUCAUCGGGGGCUCCUCCGUCCUCAACUACAUGUUGUACCUCCGCGGCAAUAAAAAAGACUACGACAUUUGGGAAUCCCUGGGUAACCCGGGCUGGGGCAGCCAGGACGCCCUCUACUACUUCAAAAAAUCGGAAGACAACCAAAAUCCCUACUUGUCCCGCACCCCGUACCACGCCACUGGGGGCUACUUGACGGUGUCCGAAGCCCCCUACCACACCCCCCUGGUGGCGGCGUUCGUGGAAGGCGGCCGCCAACUGGGCUACGCCAACCGGGACAUCAACGGCGAGCACCAAUCCGGGUUCAUGAUGGCGCAAGGUACCACCCGGAGGGGGUCGCGCUGCUCGACCGGAAAAGCAUUCCUGCGUCCGGUACGCCUCCGGAAGAACCUCCACGUGGCCAUGCACGCCCACGUGACCAAGGUCAUGGUCGACCCCACCAGUAAAGUGGCCUUCGGGGUCGAGUUCGUGAGGGAUAAGAAGUUGUACCGGAUUCGGGCCACCAAAGAGGUGGUACUUUCGGCAGGCGCGGUCAAUUCGCCCCAACUGCUCAUGUUGUCAGGGAUCGGGCCUAAGGAGGAUCUGGAACGGCUCAAAAUCCCACUUGUGCAGGAUUUAAAGGUUGGGCACAACCUACAGGACCAUGUGGGGUUAGGGGGAUUGACGUUUCUGAUCAAUCGGCCACACUCGAUCCUCCUCAAUCGGCUGUAUUCGGUUAGUUCGCUAAUGCAGUACGCGAUUUUCGGGGGCGGCCCCUUGACCAUCAUGGGUGGGGUGGAGGGGUUGGCGUUCGUUAACACGAAAUAUGUCAACGCUUCGGACGAUUUCCCCGAUAUUGAGCUACAUUUCAUCUCGGGUUCGACGCAUUCUGAUGGUGGUACCCAGCUUAGGAAAGCCCAUGGGCUCACUGACGCGUUCUAUGAGCGGGUUUUUGGGCCCAUUGCCGAUAAGGACGCCUGGAGUGUUAUCCCAAUGCUGCUAAGGCCCAAAUCACGCGGUUUCAUUAAAUUGCGGAGCAAAAACCCACUGGACUACCCUUUAAUCUACCCCAACUACUUCAAAGAUGAUUUCGAUAUGAAAACUUUGAUUGAAGGAGCGAAACUAAGCGUGGCCUUGAGCCAAACCCCGGCGUUCAAGUACUACAAAAGUACCCUCCACAAAUUCCCGGACUGUGCCGGUUUCAAAGACUACUCGGAUGAGUUUUACGAGUGUAUGAUCCGCCUCUACACUGUCACAAUUUACCAUCCGGUCGGAACGUGCAAAAUGGGCCCUUAUUGGGACCAGGAGGCCGUCGUGGACCCACAAUUGCGCGUUUACGGCAUCAAGGGCCUAAGGGUGAUCGAUGCUUCAAUAAUGCCAAACCUAGUGAGUGGCAACACGAACGCCCCUGCCAUAAUGAUCGGGGAAAAAGGGUCGGAUUUAAUCAAAGAAUUCUGGAUAAAAACGGCCCGUUACGGCCGAUUUGUGUGAUACUAUCUAUAAUAAUAAAUUAUAAAAGUACC